ACCGUAGGAGUCAACUGUGGAUCGCUUCCGGUUUCAUUUUAUACCGAAAACUCCCUGAUUAUUUUGUGAUUUCCUUAUUUAUUUAACGAAAAAUGACAAGUUUUAUUUGGGAUGUUAAAAACGGACAAAUAAACGAUGUUCAGAAAUUUGUAGAAGAGAAGGGUACUGAUAUAGUAAACCAAGAGGUGGAGGGCAGGUACCCUCUACACUUUGCUGCAGACUAUGGACAGUCACAAGUUAUUGAGUACCUUGUCAGCAAAGGAGCCAAUAUCAAUCAAAAGGACAAACACAACAUAACUCCAUUGCUGGCAGCAGUAUGGGAGGGUCAUGUGUCCAGUGUAGAAACAUUACUUAAACUAGGUGCUGAUAAAACGGUGACAUCGCCAGAUGGACAGUCUUUAAUAGAAUGUGCAGAAAAAGAGGAUGUGAAAGCCCUACUGAAGUAACCAGCCACUAAAACAUAGACCUCAUUGUGUAGCUGCAGAAGGAUGUCUUACAUUGGAUGUCAUGGAACAAACUAACUACAACAUUUUUUAGAGUUUUUUUUACAUUAUAUGUAAACUUAUUUUACAGCAUACAUUUAUAUAUACAUGUAAUUAUAAUUAAUGAAUUUCAGAUUAUAUAUCAAGAUGGACUUUCUUUGAAGGCUCUUUUUUUUUAACUGAAAACUAAUGUGGUUAACUUUAAAUACUGAUUUAUAUACCAACUUCAUUAUAGAAUGGUUUUUCUGACUUUGGAAUUGCUUGUGUGCUUUUUUCUAAAAAAUGAUAAUGUGCACACAAAUAUUGAUGCUUUUGAAUAUUUCCCGCUUUCAAGGUCCUUAAUAUUUAUCAGAUUUAGAAACAACUGUAAACUAAAGCUGCUCAACAUGUCAAGAUCUAGACUAUUUUCCCUGUCUCUGAAAUUUAUUAUGUAUUGAUAUUGAAAUGCAGUAUUAUAUUUAGCAAACAUAAUAAUAUAUAUAUAUCUAAUGUUCUGGAAACUUUAUUAUUUUUAAAAUACAUAUUUUUUCAGUUUUGUUUAAAAAAACAGCAUGCAAUAUUUCUGCAGUCAUGAAAGCUAGGUGCUAUAUGCAUGAAUAUAGUGGUAUAAAAAGUCCCAAACUGGACAAUUGUGUUAUUGUGUAUCUUUUCUUUUCUGUCUUUUGUAUCAAUUAAAUUUAUUGAGAAAUGAAGGUACUCGAGUGCAAUAGAAAUUGGAAAAGUGAUUCUUCUUCAUGUGGUGCCAUUAAAGUAUCCAACUUGAGUGACAUAUCAUUUUAAUUAACGUUUAUAAUAUUUGUUUAUAUGAAGUUAAAACUUCUCAAUAUUUGAUCUUGUGUUUUAAAUCAAAUUCACAUAUGUACAUUUAUAUUUAAAAAAAAUAUUAUUUAACCAUUUAAAAGAAAUGAAAUCAAUGAAAAAAUACUAUAGUAAAUGAAAAGCAUACAUCACAAAACUGAAUGUGUCCUUGAAAGAUGAAAGAGUUGAAAAAAGAUGAUGGUGCACUUAUUCUUUUUUAUAUUUCGCUUGGUGCACCAUGUAGUAUUGUAGUACUUGUGUAAAACUUUGUAUUAGAUCACAAAGAGAUUUUCACAUGUAUUGGCACACUUUUUGAAGGCAUGUUCUUGAUGAAUGUGUGUUUAAUCACUUGCAUGCUAAUAAAAAAGAUAAAAACUAAA